AUCUUCAUCAUGAGUGCCUUGAACUCCAGUUUAUUACAAAAUGUAUCAUUUGUGCGUCCAGAGUACUUUUUCAUCAGUGGAUUUUCUGGAAUUCCUUUCAGCCAAUACUAUUUUGUUUUUUUAAUUUUUAUCUAUAUUAUCUCACUGUGUGGUAACUCAAUAGUCCUUUUCAUGAUAUUAGUUGACCGAACUCUGCAUAUUCCAAAAUACAUGGGGAUUUUUAAUUUAGCACUGUCAGACUUUGGUGAAACAAAUGCGUUGAUUCCUAGCCUUGUGAAGACUUUGUUUUUUGAUUCACAGUACAUAUCCUAUGAUGCUUGUUUGGCUAACAUGUUUUUUACUUUUUUCUUUGCUGGUGGACAGGCAUUAACUCUUGUUGCCCUGGCAUAUGAUCGUUUUAUUGCCAUUUGCUUACCUCUGAGAUACCAUGCUAUUGUAAAUAACUCCUUCAUGUUUGUAACUUUAAUAGCAAUAUGGGUAUUUAAUGUUGUUAUAAUUGGUACGACUGUAGUUUUUAUUACACGACUUUCAUUCUGUAAAACCAAUGAGAUAAAGAGCUUUUUUUGUGACCAUGGGCCAGUUUAUACAAUUGCUUGUAAUGACAACAGCAUUAAUUCCUUCAUGGCAUACUUCUGUACUGCAGUAUACCUUUAUGCACCAUUGACUGCUAUAGUCUUAUCAUACAUAGGCAUUCUGCUGGCCUUAACUAAGAUUACAACAUGGGAGAGUCGUCUUAAAGCACUCAAAACAUGCAUCUCUCACCUGUUGGUAGUAGGAGUGUUUUUCCUACCUAUAGUGGGUACGUACCUUGCUGCAGUAACUUUCUCUCUCCAUCCUAAUGCUAGGAUAAUUAAUACUUCAUUAUCAAGAACUAUUCCACCCAUGUUAAAUCCCAUUAUUUAUGUCUUGAACACAAAGGAUUUCAGAGUCUUUAUAGUGAAAAUGCUUAAAAAGAAAACCACCAUAAUUUCCCAAGUGCAUGCUUUAGCAAAGUGAUAUGGAACAGUUUAGUAUUUUCUACAUUUAAAGUCUAUUUUCCAUUCCCAACUUUAUUACUUCAACAUGUUAUACGUAUGUUAAAGCUAUGUGAAAAUGUG